UCCAGACGAACAGCAGUGAGGUGAGAGAUAGACAGUGAGGUGAGCGAGAGGGAGAGAGAGACAGGCUGUGAGGUGAGAGAGAGGAAGAGAGGAGACCAUAACCAGUCCAUUCUGAACUGGGGUCAGGAGGCUGGGAUGGGACAACAAUCCAACUAACCUAAUUCAAAAGACACACAACAAUGAAGCUACUCAACCACCCACUUCACGGAUCUUGCCAAGUGGUACGCUGUCUCUGGUCCCUUGGGUGCUGGUUCAGGCCCUGUCCCGUGGGAGAGGAUGGUGUGGCUUCCUCUCGCUCGUGGCUGCGUGGGUUCCUCUUCCUCAAAAUGGUCACUCUACUCCUCUUCCCCUACUGGACUUUCUUGGGUCUGAUUUUGGGAUGUCCCUUCAGCAUCAAAGCCCUGGUCCUACUCAGCUCUCCUCAAAUCUCCACCAAACCAUCUACUGUCUUUCUUUUCCAUCUGGCUCUCGCUGAUGUGCUACUAUUGCUACACUGGAUGCUUAUAAUUGGACAUAAACUAGCCAUGUGUUUUGGAGUAGACUUCAGCAACUUUCUAACCCAAGAUCUCCAAGAAUUAUGGUUAAAAAACGCAUUGAUCAUCUUCUCAAACCACCUUCUAGAUGCACACCUCUUAGCUUCUUUGUUUUUCUUGGGUUUUCUUGGACUUGAAGCUACCUUAGUCUCCCGUUGGCCUCUCCAAACUCGCGCCAUCAGAACGUCCCACUGGGCACAGCUCGGGUGCUCCCUAAUUUGGGUCCUGGUCCUGUCUGAACUCACUUUUGUGGUGUUUUCAAAGAUCCAAAUUACACAAACUCUGCCCUCUUUCUUCUCAUUGGACACACUUUCUUUUUGCCUGAGGAGAGUUCUGUGGCUGUGUGACUUAUGGGUCCAUUAUAACAUAAUUUAUAACAAACCACGGAAGAGAAGGAGCUCCUUUCAUUAAGACCUUAAAAUGUAUGUGUGUGAAUGAGUUUCAAAAUGCAUAUUCAUGGAUUUCAGGCAAAUGAUUCCUUCCUGAUUAGAAGAA